AUGGAGACCGUCAACAACCUGCUCGCUUCAGUCGGCUUGAAGAACAAGCCCGACACCGAAGCAGCUCCACAACUACCAACCGAGUCAGAGUUGAAAGAGAUCAGAGACAAGUAUGAGAAAGCUGGCCAAGGUCAAGUCUUUGCGUUCUACGAUGAUCUCAAGAAAGACGAACAGGCGACUUUGUACCAGCAACUCCAGCCCAUCGAUCCAGAACACAUCAACAAAAUCACCCAGAGAGCAUUGAACCCACCGAAGAGCGAGAGUGAAACUGAGAAGCCGAAGCUUGAGCCUCUGCCUGAAUCAGCGACCACUUCUACCAUCAGCAGUGAGGAGGAACACCUCGAUAAAUGGUACAAGUCUGGUCUCGAACUCAUCGCCGCCAACCAAGUUGGUGUUGUGCUCAUGGCAGGUGGUCAGGGAACUCGAUUGGGGAGCUCAGCGCCGAAAGGUUGCUACGACAUUGGUCUCCCCAGCAAAAAGUCGCUGUUCCAGCUCCAGGCUGAACGAAUUCUCAAGCUUCAAUUGCUCGCCAGCAAGAUUCAUGGCAAGGAAGAGGUGGUGAUUCCGUGGUACAUCAUGACUUCGGGACCGACUCGCAAGCCUACUCAGCAAUUCUUUGAGGACAACAAAUACUUUGGGCUCAACCGUAACAACGUCAUCUUCUUCGAGCAAGGUGUGCUACCGUGUAUCACCAUGGACGGUAAGAUCCUGCUGGAGACCAAGAGCAAGGUUGCCGUCGCCCCUGAUGGAAACGGUGGUCUGUACCAAGCUCUGAUCGGCUCUGGUGUCGUACAAGACCUCAGCAAGCGCGGUGUCAAGCACAUCCACGCAUACUGCGUUGACAACUGUCUCGUCCGUGUUGCCGAUCCCGUCUUCAUUGGCUUCAGCGCAGAGAAAAAUGUCGACAUCGCAACCAAGGUUGUGCGCAAGCGCAAUGCCAAGGAGAGCGUCGGCUUGAUCUUGCAGAAGAACGGCAAGCCCGAUGUUGUUGAAUACUCCGAGAUCGACGCCGAGACCGCCGAAGCUACGGAUAGUAAAGACAGCAGUCUACUCAAAUUCCGUGCCGCGAACAUUGUCAACCAUUACUACAGCUACAGCUUCCUGGAAUCGAUCCCACAGUGGGCCCACCAGCUUCCGCACCACAUCGCCAAGAAGAAGAUUCCCUACGUUGACGAGAAGGGUAAUGCCGUCAAGCCAGAGAAGCCCAACGGCAUCAAGCUCGAGCAAUUCGUCUUCGACUGCUUCCCAUUCUUGUCCAUGGACAAGUUCGCCUGCAUGGAAGUUAAGCGUGAGGACGAGUUUUCGCCAUUGAAGAAUGCGCGAGGCACUGGUGAAGACGAUCCGGAUACCUCUCGGCGGGAUAUUCUCCUGCAAGGUAAGCGUUUCCUGCAGGCGGCCGGCGCGACAGUCACCGGUGAGGACCCAGAGGAAGGUGUGGAGGUUAGCCCCUUGAUCAGCUAUAGCGGAGAGGGACUGCAAUUCUUGAAGGGCCGAGAGGUUGUAGCACCCGCGGUCAUUGAGAAGGAGGAUUGA